AUAUAUAUAAAUAUAUAUUUAAUAAUUGUGCCUUUGUGUCUUAUCCUCUUGUUUUGGAAAAGAGAGAAAUUGUCUCUAAUAGAGAAGAGAAGAGUAGAGAAAAUAGACAUGGCAGAGGAGGCUUGGAUUGACGAUCCUGUUUAUGUUGCAGUAAACAAAGAUGCUGGUGAAAGCAGAUCGACUCUCACAUGGGCUCUGAGGCAUCUCCAAUUCAAUAAGCUUUUCCUUCUUCAUGUUCAUCUUCCCAUUUCCAUGAACCCUACCUCAAGUGGGCUAGAACAAAGCGAGAUCGAUGCAAUCCAGGUGUCGGAAUUGACAAGCACAUACGAGAGCCUUCUCAAGUACCGUGAUAUCUGCCUACAUGAAGGAGUUAACGAGCAAGAUGUGGAAAUAUUCUGUGAUGUGGGAAAUAACGUUGAGGAGGGGAUUGUGAACCUUAUCUAUGAAAACAAUAUCAAGAAGCUUAUUAUAGGAGCUGCUGCUGAUUCCCGCUACUCCGAGGGCAUGGUUAAUAUCACAUCUAGAAAAGCCAAGUAUGUGAGUAGCCACGCGCCUCAUUGCUGUAAAAUAUGGCUUGUUUGUAAUGGGAACCUCAUCCAAACCAGGGAGGGACGGUUUGAUCUUGAGGGUUCAUCGCACUCCUCCUCCGAAUCCUUAGCCAGCCUUCAUGACCUUGAUUCUGCUCUGAUACCAUUCGAGGACGUAGUAAGAGCUGAACCUGACAGCGAGUCACAUGCCCUGUCUUCACCUGAAGACCAAUCAGCUAGAGGGUCUGCGGCAACGUACUACGAGGAGCAGAGACGGAGACUAGAAAUCGAGGAACUAGAGAGAGAACUGGAGCAACAUGAUAAGAUGAAUCGUGAAAGAGAGGAAGCACUCUCAAGUUCUUUUGGUGUCACUCAGAUGCUGUACAGUGAAGAAGUACGUCGCAGGAGAGAAGCGGAGGAGGAGCUAAACAGAGCGAGAGCAGAAAUCAAAGACAUGAAGAGUGUCCAAAAGGAACUCGAAGAACAGCUUUAUAUUGAUUGCCCCCGUCGGUUAGAUAUGGUCGAGAAAGAGCGAGACGAAGCAAUCAAAAAAACGGAAGAGCUUUUGAGAAAUCUAUACCUGGAGAAGGGUGAGUCAUCAUCACAUUCGACUUCAUCCUCGUCGCAGUGGUCUGUUUCCAACGAGCCUCCCCCAUAUUUCAUCUGUCCCAUUUCAAAGGAGAUUAUGCAGAAUCCCCAUGUUGCAGCUGAUGGUUACACUUAUGAAGCAGACGAGUUCAAAAACUGGCUCGUUCAUGGAGGUGAAAAAUCGCCGAUGACUAACCUGAAGCUUGUGAAUCACAACCUCACACCAAAUCUUGCUCUUCGUUCUGCUAUUAACGAGUGGUUGCAACAGCACCCUUAUUUCUUUGAUUUGCCUUAAAGAUAUAUAUAUAUAUAUAUAUACAUAUAUAUUAUGUUGAUUGUGUUGUGAUUCAGUAGUGAAUGGAACGUGAAAAAUGUAAUGAAAAAGUUGUCUCUUUUCACUGGGAAAAGUCUUGGAGAUUUUUUUGUUUUUGUUU